CUACCAGGAGCUCCCUGGGCGUUCCGAGUGCACCAGGUGCCCCGCGGGCAUCACCUCGGAGUGGACCCUGGUGGAGGGCAGGCGCCAGUGGGUGCCGGUGGAGGGCGCGGCGGGGCCGUCCGCCUGCGGCUGCGCGGCGGGCACCAGGAGCGAUGGCGGCGGCGGGUGCGUGAGCUGCGGCACGAAAGAGACCACGGGCGUGAUCUGCAGGGGGAAGGAUGACGUCGUCAUCGCGGAGGGCUUCUUCGCGGAGGACUCCUCCCUCUCGGUGUACCAGUGUUUCGGCGAUUCGGCCCGCUGCGUGGGCGGCCCGCCCGGCGCGACAUGCGCCGAUGGGCGUACGGGGAUCACGUGCUCCAUGUGCCAGCGCGGCAUGAAGAGGGGCAAGGGAGGGGUCUGCAACCCCUGCACCAUCACCACGACCAUCAUCUUCGCGGCUGCGAUUGCGGGUGGCCUCUCGGGCCUCCUGCUCAUGUACCUCGUCAUCGACAGCAGAGGGACCGCACAGCAGAGGGGGGUCUGGCGAACUUGUUGCUCCUGUGUGCGCUCUUCUUCAGUAUCGCACUGACGAUUUUGCAGCAAAUAGCCAUCUUGGGGAUGAUGGACAAGAUCCAGUGGAAGGAGCCAAUGGUUUCUCUAUUGAGGUGGGUGAGCCUUGUCGCGUUCGACAUUGAGAUUGUGAAUGUCAAUUGUCUCUUCGGUAGUGAGCCCUUAAACACGUUUGCCUUCCAAGUUGGUUUUGUGUUCGUCGCUUUCGGGGUGCUCUUUUUAUACCACUGUACCGUGGUUGUAUGGCGUCACCAUGGCAACUUUCGUCGCCGAUUGCCGUCUCUUUGGGCAUCGCUUGGCACUAUCACUCAGAUUUUUUACAUAUCUAUCAUCACGACAGUUGUGGGGCCGUUCCAGUGCUUGAAGCACCCGAACGAACGCUGGACCAUGCGUGCCUACCAGUCCGUGAUCUGUUGGGAGAGCAACGAGCAUUCCGCCAUGCUUGCAAUCGGCCUGGUAGCUUUACUGUUCCCCCUCGCCUUCUUGGCAAAGUGUUGCCAGGUGGUGUGGGGCUUCCCAGCAAAACUGAAGCUUGGAAAGACAAGGGUUCUCAAGUCCUUCACAUUCCUGUUUUUCAGAUACAAGACUGAGUGCUAUUGGUAUUCGGUUGUGCACAUGUUGCGUAGUCUAGCCAUUGGCUUGACUCCCGCCAUUCCAGACCUAUCUGCACAAGUAUUGAUUAUGCAAAGCGUUCUGCUACUACAGCUGAUCUGUACGGUAUACUGGUCACCUUGGCGUGUGCCGCAAGCAACUCGUUUUGAUAUUUUGUCUACAACUACGAUGCUUGUCGUCGUGGGAUGUGCAGCUUUCUAUGUCGAUGCCCCACCAGACAGUGCCCUCGCCGUGUUGGCAGCCAUGCUGGGGCACGGCGGCGGAUCCGGGCUGUUGCUGGGCCUCCUGCUCACGGUGGUUUGGAAGCUGGCCCACGCAGCGCUGCGUCGGCGCGACAAGGAGUUCGACUUCUUCCUGUGCCACCACAAGCUCGCAGCCGGCAGCUGCGCCCGGCUGCUCAAGGUGCAGCUCUGCAGCCGCGGGGGCAGCAGGCGGAGGGUGUUCCUGGACUGCGACGACCUGAAAGAUUUGGAGACGCUCUUCGACACCGUGGCAAACCGAGUGCAGGUGUUCGUCACCCUGUGCACGAAGGAGUUAUUUCUACGCCCCUGGUGCAUGGGAGAGGUGAUCACUGCUCACCACUGCAAGCUCCAAACUGUGAAACUAGUUUUCCCAGAUUUCACCGAGCCAGACGAGGCGUAUAUUUUUGAGUACGAGGAUAGUUCGAAGGACCUCAGCGUGUUGACUGGAUACGGUUAUUCAAUCGAGGAUGUGAGAGUUGCGUUGCGCUGGGUGCCUCAGAUUACCAGCUAUAGCAUUCCGUCUGCGAUCACCAGUGUUAGCAUGGAAGAAAUCGCGGAUCGGCUCGAAGAUUGCAUUAUUUCCCAUUCGCCCAGCGGCACAAGAGGUUCUCCCAGGGGCCCUAGUGGCAGAGCCAACAGGGCUUCCAUUGGGGGAAAUUCUACGUGGAUCAUCCACGAUGAGAGCAGCCUCGAGGCAGGGGCUACAGCCGCAGUCAUGGCCCAUUUGUUGAUGGUAAGUUUUGUCCACAUCCCUUUCGAAAUUCCACAAGUGCUUCUUGGUGGGCGGGACGUUCCUGAUAGCGCAACGAAGCUUAUCAUAUUGUGCACAAGCAACGUGCUGCAGCAGCCUUCUAUACUGAAGCAUUUCGAGAGGGGAAUCGAUCUUGACGUGUGUUUCUACCCCGUAAUUGGAGAUGAAGGCUUCCGCUUUCCCGGCGCGUCGUUCAAGAAAGACACCAUGAAGUUGGCAGCUGCCAUCCUCGACGACCCAGACGAAGUGCUGUCAGCAGUCUUGGCGAUGUUCAAGGCCAUCGCAGGGAGCUUCCUGGCGAGCUCCAGCUCCGCGACCGUGCUGGCAAACCAGGCCGCGGAGCUCGCCCGGCGGGUGCAGUCCCUGAGCCGGCGCGCGCAGACGCCGGCCCCCAGCGCGAUGGUGAGGCAGGCGAGCGAGUCUCGGGGAACAGGGGAUGAGUCCCAUGCUUCUGUAUGUCGCAUGAAGCAGCGCCGAGCGCUCUGCUGGCCGCCGCCGGUCGGUGGCCUCUGCUCGCGCGCGCCCUGCGGGCCGUGGGCGGCGGGCGGUGCGCCCAGACCCCCCCCUGGCGCUGUGCAAGAAUCCCGACGGGAGGUUUCGCAUUAUGUCGAAGAAUGAGUAUGUCCACUUCGCCCAUCCAGGAGCCCAAU